CCGAUCCUUCCUGCCACGCCGCCGGCCCGGCUGAGCCCGCGGCUCCCGCCCGGCCCCGGUCUUGGCCCCGCCGCCAGAGGUGAGGACGAUGGCCAGCCCAGAGGACGACCUCAUCGGCAUCCCCUUCCCUGAGCACAGCAGCGAGCUGCUGAGCUGCCUGAAUGAGCAACGCCAGCUGGGGCUGCUCUGCGACGUCACCAUCAAGACGCAGGGGCUGGAGUACCGCACCCACCGUGCUGUCCUGGCCGCCUCCAGCCGCUAUUUCAAGAAGCUCUUCGCAGGGCCGGGGCCAGGGCAGGAGGUCUGUGAGCUGGACUUUGUGGGGCCAGAGGCACUUGGUGCGCUGCUGGAGUUUGCUUACACAGCCACGCUGACCAUCAGCAGCGCCAACAUGGGCGAGGUGCUGCGUGCUGCCCGGCUGCUGGAGAUCCCCUGUGUCAUUGCUGCCUGCGUGGAGAUCCUGCAGGGCAGCGGGCUGGAGGCGCCUGGCCCUGAUGAUGGCGACUGCGAACGUGCCCGCCGCUACCUGGAGGCUUUCUCCACCCUCCCCGAGGGUGAGGCGCCUGCCCCACCGCCCCCCCGCCCCACCCCCCGCCGCAGCAAGAAGACCCGCAAGUUCCUGCAAGCCCGUGGUGCCCGGCUCAACAACCAUGCCGAGGAGCCACCCGCUGAGGCUGAGGGCUCUGGCAGCCCCCCGCCGCCCUCUCAGCUGCCCUCGCCCCCUCUGCCUGAGGGGCUGCCCCUGCCCUAUGACAGCUUUGAGCUGCCUGAGGAGGAGGAGAUACCCCCACACCCCUUCCCCUUCCCCUACCAGCCCCCCCUGUCCCCUGAGGAGGCCGCUUCCGACGAUGACGCCAUUGACCCCGACCUGAUGGCGUAUCUGAGCUCGCUGCACCAUGAGUCGCUGACGCCUGGGCUGGAUAGCCCCGACAAGCUGGUGCGCAAGCGCCGCUCACAGAUGCCCCAGGAGUGCCCUGUCUGCCACAAGGUCAUCCAUGGCGCCGGCAAGCUGCCUCGCCACAUGCGCACGCACACGGGCGAGAAGCCCUUCGCCUGCCAGGUCUGCGGAGUCCGGUUCACACGGAAUGACAAACUGAAGAUCCAUAUGCGGAAGCACACAGGUGAGCGGCCCUACUCCUGCCAGCACUGCAGUGCUCGCUUCCUGCACAGCUACGACCUGAAGAACCACAUGCACCUGCACACAGGCGCCCGGCCCUAUGAGUGCUACCUCUGCCACAAGGCCUUCGCCAAGGACGACCACCUCCAGCGGCACCUCAAGGGCCAGAACUGCCUGGAGGUGCGGACCCGCCGCCGCCGCCGCGAUGAGCCGCCUCCGCCGCCCGCUGGGCCCCCUGGCCUCGACCUCUCCAACGGGCGGCUGGAGGGGCUGCGCCUCUCCAUUGCCCGCUACUGGGCUCCAGGGCAGCCCGAGGAGGAGGAGGAGGAGCCGGAGGGUGAGGAAGGGCCGCAGCCAGAUGGCACCGUGCCGGUGGAGACGGCAUAGGGCUGGUGCAAUGACAGGUGUCAUGCUGUUCCAUGCCGAGCUGUGCUGUGCCCACUGGGGUUUCUGUUCCUGUUUUUCCUGUCACAGUUCAUUCCUAGUUAUGCAAAGGGGGAAACUCCCCUCGGCCUAUUUGCACAAGGGGGUGGGGGGCCUCUAACACCCCCCACCAUUCCCGGGCCCACCUGGUCAUGCCCAGUGGGUGAUGGGGGCAUUGGAACUUGGAUGUCCCCCCACCAAACCCCUCGUGGAUGCCAGGACCAGGCAGGGAUGCCCAUGGACCAAGGCCCACCCCCCCCCAAGAUGGGGAGAGC